GUACCAUAUUAUUAGUUAAUGCUAAUUUGGUUCCCACAUACCCUAUAAUAUUAUAUAUUGUGUCUUUCAAACCUUCAAAUUCUCUCCCUCUUUUGCGGCAACACCAAAAACUAGCUUCAAUUCUGUUGCACCUGAUCUCCCUCCUCCAUUCCCUUUCCCAGGUUUUUCUGGAUUUGAUUUGUUCAAGAAAUGAGUUGCUUUUCUUCAUGUUUUACAUCCCGUGAGAGUAAUGAGAAGAAAGUAUCUAAGAAGACCAAUGGCAGAAGGAAGGGAGACUUGCCUGCUGAUACCCCUAGUAGAUCAGAAUCAGCCAUUGCUCCACAGCCACAGCCUGGAAACCAUAAUCAGAAGGUCGCUCCAGUCGAGACCACCAACAAGAAGGAUGCCAAUAAUGAAGCUCAGAACAACAACAUUGCCGCCCAAACUUUCAAUUUCCGCCAAUUGGCGACGGCGACAAAGAAUUUCAGACAAGAAUGCCUAAUAGGUGAAGGUGGAUUUGGAAGAGUUUACAAGGGACAACUGGACAAAACUGGCCUGGAUGUGGCUGUGAAGCAACUUGACAGGAAUGGAUUGCAAGGAAACAGAGAGUUUCUUGUUGAGGUGUUGAUGUUGAGCCUCUUACACCAUGAAAAUCUAGUCAAUCUGAUCGGAUAUUGUGCCGAUGGAGAGCAGAGACUUCUGGUGUACGAGUACAUGCCAUUGGGAUCUGUGGAGGACCAUCUACUUGAUCUAGCACCGGGGAAGAAGCCAUUAGAUUGGUUCACAAGAAUGAAAAUAGCUUUGCAAGCUGCCAAGGGCCUAGAAUAUUUACAUGAGAAGGCCAACCCUCCUGUCAUAUAUCGAGAUCUAAAAUCCUCAAACAUCUUGCUGGACAACGAUUUCAAUGCCAAACUCUCUGAUUUCGGAUUGGCAAAGCUUGGUCCAGUCGGGGACAAGUCACACGUUUCUUCGAGAAUCAUGGGAACAUACGGAUAUUGUGCCCCCGAGUAUCAAAGAACAGGACAACUCACAGUGAAGUCGGAUGUGUACAGUUUUGGAGUUGUGUUUUUGGAGUUGAUUACUGGAAGGAGAGUUAUUGACACAACAAGAUGUACCGAGGAGCAAAAUCUGGUCACUUGGGCACAGCCUGUAUUCAAGGAUCCACAGAGAUUCCCAGAACUAGCCGAUCCGCUUCUUCACGGUGAAUUUCCUCUGAGAGCACUACACCAAGCAGUAGCAAUUGCAGCCAUGUGUCUGCAAGAGGAACAAGCGGUUCGUCCCUUGAUGACUGAUGUAGUCACUGCUCUCAGUUUCCUCGGCGAUAAUCCUAGUGCCGGCACCGUAUCUAACGGCGCCAGUCCUUCUCCACCAUCUGAUCACAACAUGGCGAGCGGAAAUGGGAAUCUUCAUGAUGAAGAAAGCAUAAGGGAAAGACAAAAGGCCGUGGCAGAAGCCAUAGAAUGGGGUUCUAGUUCCAGGCGCAAUGCAUCACGUAGUGGAAGUGCUUCUUCAUUGUGAUUCAGAUCUAAAAUCUGCAUGGAAACGGAAUAUUAUAUCCUUCAAAUCCUGAGCACAAACUUUUGUCUGUAGGAGUACGUACGUUGGUCCUAAUGUAUGCAUGCAUGUAUCAUGUGAGAUUGAAUUACUGCUUUAUCGGAUAUACAUCUACCCCUUCUCUCUA